UACCUGUUUUCUAAUAUACAUAUAUAUAUAUACAUAUAUAUAUACUAUAUAUAUUUGGCGUUUUAAUGAAUAUUUAUCGUCUUUUGAUAAGUAGAUCUCUGUUAUUAAUUAAUAAUAACACGCGUAAUGGUAUAAAUAUACUGUUAUGAUGUGCAUUUGAUUAACAGCAAAUGAGUAAGAUGCAUAUAAUAUGUAAUUAUAUAAUUAUCUUAAUGUAGCUAGAAAUGUAUAAAAAAUUAUGUUUCUUCAAUCAAUGAAACAAUCAUGUAUCAUUAUGAAUCACUGCAUGUUACAUGUUGAAUUUCUUGAAGAGAGAGAAUCUUAGAAUUGUUCACUUGUAGGAAGUGUAAUUAAAUUUGCUUUGUAAUUUUUCCAUUUAUGUUUUUUGUUUUUUUCUAAAUUAUAAGAAUCUUUUUUACAUUGCAAAUAUUUAAAAAAGUGUUAAUGUAAAUAUGUAAAUACGUAGAACUCUCUUAAGAAAUGCUAGUUGUUGAUCUUAAUUUAUUAUAUAACAAGACAUUUUAAUACGAACAUGAAAACUUCUCCGUUCAGAAAAUAAAAAAUAAACAGUAUCGAUUAUUCGAUUUAUAGAAAGUAUCGAUCAUAUCUUGUGAUUCAUUCAACGGUGACUCAGUCCCUGAAGUUACAGGAUUGGCAAAAUGGUACGAAUACCAUCAUGUGAGUAUCGAUUGCCCACUCUCGCCAAAGCUUCGCAAGGAAUUUUAAGUAGCUUCCUCAACUUGGAUGCCGUGAAUGAUGACACAUCAUUCACUUUGUUGUAACCGUUACCGGUUCUACAAAGAUUACGAGUUCCGAAUUUCAUCACACGAAUGAUCGGCGAAUAUUUAUUGGAAUAUCCGUUGCAACUAGACGAGAUAUAGACAUUGAUUCAUUAUUGUAAUAGGUCAUAUUAGCAUAUAUAGCCUCUGGCGCUGCCAUAUUAAUAUUAAUUAAUUUAAUAAGACGUUACCUAAUAAGAAAGUAACUCAUAAGAAAAAUGUGUUAUUAAAUGAGAUUCUUGAUUUCUUGUUAUGUUUACAUUACGUACAAAUAACAGUAUAAAACGAUAAAUUACUUUUUCAGUUAAAACGGGAUAAGAUCAAAUAACAAGUUCUUAGAACUACAAGAUUUUCAAUUAACGGUAAGUUAAGAAGGGUGACAUCCUCGGUUUAUUUCACCACGCUUUUUGGGCUCCUCUCCCAGAGCAGGUGGCCAAAUAAAUCGAGGAGAAAGAGGAAAGAGGACGAACAUUCAGAAGACGAAGGAACUGAAGCGAGGAAGAAAGGAGUCACGCGAUGCAACAUUGCGUCCUCUCGCUGCUCCUAAUAAUUAUAGUUAUCUCGGAGAAUUCUUCUGAGAAUGGUCUUAGAUCGACCUCUCUUCGGACCUCCUCCUCUUACUAAGAAUUCGCAGGGAGACGAGCGAAGAGAAAUCGAAGAGCAAGUAGGAAGAAGAGAAAAGAAAUCGGAGAAGGGAGAAAAGAAGGGUGAGGGAACAGUUCGGAUGAAACUUACGUCUAUACACCGAAUGGAAAAGAAUUCAGAUCGCAGAGAGCUCGGCAGCAACCGCAGUGAGUCUCUCUAGCACCGAAUCUUAUUUCUCGAAGACGAGCUUAUUCCUGAAAAAAUUAAUUGAAUAUUUUUGAUGUUUAUGUUAAAGUGAACAGUUAAAUAUUUCUGAAAAGAUACAAGAAAGAUUGAAAGAUUCAAGAACGAAGUUAUGUUAAUUAACAGAAGUGUAUAGAUUACGUUUAUGUGAAUAUAUUGUGAAACUGAUUGAAGCAAGUUAAUUUGAACGCAGAAUUAGAUUUCUUCAAGCCAGAUUUGCAGAAUUGAUCGAAAAAUUUGUGAGAAUUUACUUCUUAAAUCACAUUUUGAAGAUGAAGAAGCUUCUAUUUCUCGCAAUCUGUGUUCAGAUUGCAUUAGCCGUUAUCGGCAGGCAUCAUAGAGACAAUGCUUUCCUGAACCACGUGCAGCUGGUACAUCAAUUUCAAUGUUCUCUGCCUCAACCACGAGCAGUCCCAGUGGAGGAUCUUCUGACUGCAGGCGUCGGACCUGACGAAAUCUUCUAUCCGGCAUCCACGGUUUUGACACGCUGUGCAGAAUCAGGAUGCUGUCCUGAUCCCAUGCAGAUUUGCGCACCGAUCGAGACUAAAAACGUCAGCCUCGUCUUCAUGGUUAGACAUCGUAUUGAUCGACAACGAGAUCGUCAUCACGAAAUUAUCCACGCUGUGGAGCACACCAAGUGUGCCUGUAUGGACGAUGUAUCGGCCACUUAGAAAUUGCAAGCUUUGGGUAAUGGAAGCUUUAAAACCAAUUCUCCAUAAAUAAUAUAAACGAUAAAGUAAAAGAUAACAGGAAUAAAUUCUGAAAAUUAGGAUUUCUAUUUUACAAAAUACAAAAUAUAAGUUACAUAAGAAUCUGUAAGAAUCUUAACAUGAAGACUUUAUAUGUGAACUUCUGUGAUAUUUUCGUUGUUUUAUAUUCCAUAUUUUUCUUUCCUUUUGAUAUAAAACGAAUAAAACGAAUUCGUGCCUUGAUAAAAGAGAAUUAUCACUGUGAGAAAAAUCAGAGAAAAAGAAUCUUUUUAUAGAUUCAUGUAUCUUACAUAAUAUAUGUAAUAAAUGGAUAAAUUGAAA